UGCACCAGUUCAGCAGUGCAGCGAAAACGAACAGACCUACUGGCUUUAAAGUAUAUCCAUUUCAUACUUGUAACGCUCGCGACAUCGUUCUAUUCUUAUUUAGCAUCUAUUAUUUAUAGACGGAUCUUAUAUUCAAGAUCGUCUUAAGCAUAGUUGACACCAUUCAACAUGUCAAACUCCAAGAAAAAGAAGAGCUACAAAGCUUUUUUGGAACCAGAGUUCAAAGCAUCGCAAGUGAAUCGUCAAACAUAUCAACGAUGGAUGACACAUGUUACAAAAGGAAAUACCAUAUUGGAACAUUCGGAACUGCGAAAUGAGGAAGCAGUUGGGACAUUGACAGAUUUAAAUCAAAGGUCACAAUAUGAGUUAAACACCACAGCAAUUGAUGUCUCAUCAAAUGAAAAUGAAGAUACUAGAAAUUGGAACGAAAUUAUACACUAUGAGAACUCUGAAAAAGAAGAAUGUGAUAGAAAUAUGUCCUGAUGAAAUGAUGAAAUGGAGAAUAAUAAUUUUAUUACCGAGGAUGAUUUUGAUUUGUUUGUAACUUCAAACAAAAAUUAUGGUACAAAUGAUGAUACUAUCAUGUUUGGAGCUGCCGGUUUGUCAAUUUCUCAAGUAUAUAUAAUGGUCCAUGCUUUAUGUUUACGUUAUCACCAUUCUGAUGAAUCUAGACAUGCUCUAUUGAAUUUGAUCAAAAUUUUAGCUGGGCCAAAAUUUAGUCAUGUUAAUAUUACUAAAUAUGCAAUAUCGAAAAAGUACAAUCCGCCCAAUGACACCAUAUCGUAUAUAUUUUAUUGUGAACAAUGUUAUAAGGUAUUGUUACAUCCACUCUCUCAAACUCAUAUUAGUCAAAAUAAAAAUGCAACGUGCCAUCAGUGUGGAAAACGAUAUCAAAUUUCUAGAGCUGUGCGUCAAAUGUGGGCUGAAUGGAACUCUCCUAGUUCUUCAUUUUAUUUAUCACGACAACAACGAGACUGUAUUGAUAAAAGGUUAUUGAAUAUAAAGCCUCCGAAAGAAAUACAUCGUUUACCGCGAGCGUUGAAAGAAGGUAAACUUAAGGCGAGUGAAUGGCGUUCAUGGACUUUAUUUUAUAGUGUGCCAUGUCUCACAGGUAUUUUAAAUGAUAAUGCGUUAGCUUCGUUUAUACUUUUAGUACGAAGUAUUAAUGUUCUUCUUUCGCAAUAUUUCAAAAGAAGGUUUGAAACAAUGUGAAAUAGAUUUAACGCGUUUUGUUGGAGAAACCGAAAUUUUAUAUGGUAAAGGCGCUAUGACUUUUAAUAUUCACUCAUUGUUACAUGUAGUUCAAAGUGUUCGUAUGAGUGGUCCAUUAUGGGCUACCUCCGCAUUUCCAUAUGAAAAUGGUAUUUUUCAUUUGAAACAAAAUAUCCAU